AGCCGUGUGGGCUGUGAUCAAAUUGGACCCGACAAAGUGAUGUCUUAUGUGUUGUUUGAAGUGGUGAUUCCUACUGAAAAGGAACAAGCUAAAGCGGUACUUGCAGAUUUAUCAGUUGACAACAAAGAUAGAUUAUCAAUUAAGUUUAAAAAAGCCACAGAUGAAACUGAUAUAUCACAAGAAAAUGUGCAAACCAUUAGAUUAGCUGAUCUUAUUGAUUCUGAGAAAAAAAAAUCAAAAGAUGAAUUGAAAAUUGAAGACAAUGAUAAGGGAAACGACAGCCCAAAAAUAUUAGUUAAAAAUGGAAGUGCAGUUGACCAAGAAGACCUAAUCACCCUAAGUAAAAGCAAAUCUGAUGCAAAAAGUGUUAAGGAGAAAGAUGAAAAGAAAUAUGAAGAUGUUGAAUGGGAUUUUGAAGAAGAGACAUCUGGAAAACAAGAUGCAGAUAUUGAUUCAGAGAAAAAUGUGAAUUUUGAUCUCGGAGAUAAUGAAGAGGUGACUAAUGAUAAGCAAACAGAUGGCACGAACGAUGAUACUUUUGGAGCUGAAGACAAUACUACUGCAGCUGAAGACGAUAUUUCUGCAGCUGAAGAUGAUACUUCUUUAGUCGAAAGCUAUACUACUGCAGCUGAAAACAUUUCUUCUGCGACAAAAGAUGAAAGGAGACCUUCGUUAGAAACCCAAUCAAGUUUAGUGGUACUUGUACCCAAAUACACAGCAUUAGAGUUUGUGAAAAGAGCAAUAGAAGAUUUAGAAAUAGAAGAUUGUGCAUGGACAAAAAGUGAUGAUAAUAGAUAUUACAAGAUAACAUUUAUAGAGGAAUCAGGAAGUAGAUGUGAACAUAUAUUAAGACGUUUACAAACAGCUGGUGUUGGACAGUUAGAUGGUUCUUCAAUCAGUGUCAUCCCACUUAGCAUCCUCAUUAACAAGCACACACUAAAAUCUUUAUGUAAUGAUGAAGAGAAUGAUAAGGAUAAGGAUGAAAGUGAGGAUGAUGGCCAGAGAGAAAAGAAAGUUUCAUUUGAUGAAAAUGAAGGUUCUGGCAAGGGAACAGAAGAAAAGAACAAAGAGAAAGAAGAGAAAGAUAAGAAGGAAAAAGAGAGUGAAUUUAACAAGGAAUUUAAAAAGUCCAUUAAAUCACGAUUAGUUGUAGAUCAGGUUGUACAGUCAGUAAGAAACAAUGCUCUCUUUACGUUUGAUUAUAUGAUAUUAGUACUUCUUGCCAGUCUUAUUGCUGCUACUGGUUUAGUGGAGAACAGUUCUGUAGUUAUAGUAGCUAGUAUGCUUAUUUCACCAUUAAUGGGUCCAAUAUUAGCUAUAGUAUUUGGAAUUGUAAUUAGAAAUGGAUCAUUAUGGAAGCUUGGUUUAAGAACUGAACUGAUUGGUCUUCUCAUGUGUAUUAUAAUUGGUUUUGUAUUUGGUCUUGUUCCAGGUGGAAUGUCAUUAAAUGGUGCUAACUGGGGUAGUACUGAUGAUUUUCCAACCAUAGAAAUGUCUUCCAGGGGUGUGCCACGUAGUUUAGGUAUUGGUUUGUUAAUAGCAUUACCAUCGGGUGCUGGGGUAGCAUUGUCUGUAUUAGGUGGUAAUAUGGGAUCAUUGGUUGGUGUAGCUAUAUCUGCUUCUCUUCUACCACCUAUUGUUAAUGCUGGUGUUUUCUGGGCUUUAAGUUUUUUAUCUUUAAUACAUCCUCUUCAAACAAUACCAAAUAAAUUUGUAGAAGUGAAUGUCAAUAUUACAGCAAAUGCUACAUCUAUGAAUGCUACAGAUAUGAUUAACACAACAAACACAUUAUUGGUUGCUCAACGUAUGUGUCCAGAGUUUGUAGAUAAUACUUACAUUCCAACCUUUUAUUGUGAGAUGUGGAAAGAAGCAGCUAUUUUAGGAUUAAUAAGUCUCAUUUUGGCUAUUCUCAAUAUACUAUGUAUAAUAUUGAUGGGUGUAGGCGUUUUAAAGCUUAAAGAAGUGGCUCCUAUGCCUGCAACUCCACCAUCAUUGAAAAAUUUCUUCCACACAGACAUAACAAUAGCUAGAAAGUCUUAUAUGACUCAUAAGAAGAACACAAAUGAAUCAAGGGAAUUAUGUCAACAGUUAAUGCAAGAAAGAAUGAAACAUGAGAAAGCAAAAAUAGUAAAGAGAAAAAAAGAGAAGGAAGGAGAAACAUCAGAUGAUGAAGAUGCUGAAGAAGACAGGGUAUAUAGAACUGUUACAGAAACAAUUCGUGAUGUAUGUGAAAGUCCUGAUGUACAAGACUUUAUAACUUUUACAAAUAGCAGCAGGAGGAAUAUAGCAGAUAAUUAUAUACAUAAAGAUUUGAGAGGCAAAGUCAGAUUUAAACCUACAUUAGAACCUAUAUCGUCACAAGUUGAUAUGUUUGUACCAGCUAGAAGAACAUCUGGUCCUGAAAAACCUAUCCAGCAACGUAAAUAUGAAGUGUCCACAUACAAAGAUGAGUCGACUAAAACUGAAGUAAUUGAAGAAGACAAUAAAAUAGAAGAACCAGAACAAUCGCUAGAAACAGACCAAAAAUUUAAUUCAGCGAACGAUUUACAACACUUGAAAGAUUUUGACAAAUUUAUGGAACAGACUAAAAAAGGUGACUCAGAUAAGCUAGCAGUGACCCCUUCAAAAUCCAAUGAUAGUUUAACAAACGCUGAAAAUAUUUCAACAGAUAUCGCUAACAAUGAGAUCACAGAUGAUCAGGAUACCAAAGAAGAUGAUGUUACAAAAACUUUGCUAAAAAAAAAAAAUAUUGAAAAUUGAUUUUUAUAUUUCUAAUUAAUGGUUAUAUACACCAUGUUCAUGCUAUGCAGCAUGUAAUUAUAUAUUUUUUACCGUUAAUCUUUAAGAUUUACUUCUAUGGUUUAUAUUAAGUCAAAAUGUAUUUUGUCAGGUAUAUCAUAUCACAUGACUAAAUCUAAAGUAAUUAGUGGGAUAAUUAAUAGAAACUUUAAUUUGCUAACUAUAGAUUUUUAAAAUUUUCGGUAUUUGGGCUGUGUAUCAGUAUGAAGUCAAAUUAAUUUGUUUUGUAUUUGUUUAUUUAUUGUUAAGUUAUUGCCCACUUGAAUUUUAAAAUGAUUUAUUUGAAUUGAUUUAUAAUAUAUAAGCUGUAUAUUUGAUCAAAAUGUAAAUUAUAUUUGUAUUAAAAAAAAUUGCAGGGUUUCAGGGAAUGGAUUAUUAAUAUGUAUAGAAGGCUAUAUAUUAUAAAAUGUAUAUAAUGUUGUUGUUAUAUUUGUAUUAUCAAAAUAUGUCUCAAUCAGUUACUGACUGACUGAUUAUGUAUGUGAUAGAUUUAAACAUGUUCAUGUUAUGUUAAACCACAAAGGUACAACCAUAUUUAAAAUGUAUAGCUCUCUGAUUUUGAAAACUAGUUAAGUCACAGAAACAGAUCAUGAACUAAACUGCUAACAUAUAAAAUCUAAAUUAAUUUUAAAAAUAUGUCUGAUCAUGUCUAAACCUAAAUUCCUGAUCAAAGUCUAUAGAUAUUAAUGCAUUUUCAGUGCACAAGAGCUAAAUGAAAUGAAGUAACUAUAUAUGUGGUGCAAUAAUUAACUUUGCUUGCAACAAGUAUAUUUGUACAUCCUGUGUUUUUCUACUGACCAACUCAAUCAUGAGUGGUCUUAGGUCAGAAGGUCUGUCAUCGAUUUAAGUGUUGUGUUGUGGUUUCUAUCCCACAUUUGUAUGUGAAAGGGUAUAGAGUGCCUGCCUAACCUUUUCAAUGGUUGCCUCACAUUCAGGAUAAAAGAAAACGUGUACACAGGUGAAUUAUGGCAAUAAUGAUAUAUUUGUUGAUAACAACAAGCAACCACAAAUCUUAGCUAGUUUUCAAUAUUAGACAGCAAUACUUAUUGAAUAGGGUACUACAAUAUAAUAAAAGAUUAUAAUUAGCGAAUAAAUUCCAGAUUUCUUCAGGUUACUUACUUCUACCUCUAAUAUUCAUUGUAUAUAUUUAGAAUGUGUAGACCAAUUUUGUACUACGAUUAUCCAAACUGUCCAGAUUUAUACUUGUGUUAAAAUUAUCAAAACAGUCCAGAUUUAUAAUUGUAGACCAAUUUAGCGCUAAAAUUAUUAAAAUUUAUACUUGUAGAAAAACAAUAAUGUUUCAUAUUCAUGCAUGUUUAUAGACUGUUGACUAUAGUUAAUUGAGAACUCCAACCAUUGCCAUUUGUUUUCAUUUUAUUCAUUUUGUUGCAUUAAAAUAUUUUUUUAGAAAAACAAAUUAUUUCAAUUUAAAUUAGUAUUUAAUGUUGAUCACUAUUUGUAAACAAAUCCAUGUGUUCUUGAUAUAAUAGCUGCUAUCUCUGCACACAUUGUAAAUUGUAAACACUGCCCUGUGUGAGUAUACGGAAGUCUUUGACUAAAUUAGGAUGUGCUGAAUUAUAAACUGAGGAUAUUAUCACAACUUGCAAGACUUUGUCUGUUUCAUAUUGUCACAACUGGUGUUUUAAUUUGCUACUUAAAGUCAAAAUCAUUUGUAUUCUUGGUUGAAGCAUAUUUAUAUGCCCCAAUUUUUAUGUAAAUGUAUAUUGUCAUUGCCCCUGCCCGUCUCUCCAUUCACAUUUUGUUUGUAGACACACUACAGGUAACAAUUUUUAUCCAAUUUUGACGAAGCUUGAAAUAUUGGUUUAUAUCCCAAAUAUCUUGGUUACUUUCGAGUUUUGAUAUUGGUAUGUAUCGGACCAUAACUUGCUGCAUUAUAUGGCCCCUGUUUGUAUGUAAAAUUGCAUUUUUAGCUUGUGGAUCAUCUGGAGGUCACAAUUUUUAUCUGAUUUUAAUGAAACUUAAAAUAUCUCAGUUCCUUUGUAUAUUAACACAUGUCGAACUGUAACAUCCUGUAUUAUGGCACCUUAUUGUACGUAAUCGCUUUUAUAGCUUGUUCUCUGUCCCUCUCUUACAGAAUGUAGGCAUAUUUUGAAUGGCAAACAAGUGUUGAAACUAUUUUAACAUUAGAUAAUGAAUAAACUAUAUAUACCAGUAAACAAAUGGCAAUGACUGGAGUUCUUCUUGAAGUGAUAAAUAUUUAUGUAUUAUUUGUUUAUAUAUUAGCUUUUUUUAUUAUUUGUUAUUGUUGAUUUUUGUUAUGUAAAGGGUCACACCAGAGGAUUUGUCAAAAUUGACCAUUAGACACUAUAGUUUAAUACUGGAAUAUUAUUCCGGAUAGUUUUUAAAUAUAUUUGGCAUUCAAACAUAGAUCUUACAGUAUAAGUUAUUGUUUCCAAGACAUUACAUAAUAGCAAUAAUUUGUUCUUAACUUGUAUUGGGAAUAUGUGUUUUACAGUUAUGAAAGAUGCAUUAUGUAAGAGCUAAAUCUGCCUAUUGCAGGUUUUUAUUUUCGGUUCAAAUGUUGUAUAAACUAUUAUUUAGAGAUUUAAUCACAUGACAAGCUUAUCAUCAACUCGCUAGACCAUCAGAUCGGAUGGCCGUGAUUUACAUGGAUUAGAACAAAUUUAACAAUAAAAUGGAUGAUUGAGACUUAGUCUUGGUUGUCAAGUACUGUUGCUACAAUAAUAAACAAUAUAUGCUACAUUUUUAAACAGUCAUAACUUCACUCAGAAUAAAGAAAUUUGAAUGAAAUUUUCAAUAUAUUCAUUUUUCAUUAUUUAUUUUGAACUAUUAUAGUUAGAAUGCCUAGCUCUUUAUAUAAAUCUUACAUAAUGCAUCUUUAAAUACCUAUUAUCUCAUUAUUAGUUUAUAAAUAUCAGCGAUUUUAGUCCAACUGGUUAGAAUUGGAAACAAAUCAGAUAUUAUGUUAUUUACCUUCAUUAAUUGUUCUCCUGGUUAAAUUAGUGCCCAAAGUAAUUCCCAUAUAUAAUUCUCUGAUUUUAAAUUUUGUUUAUAAUAGCAACGACUUAAUUUUUGUCUUUUAUUUAUAUGCUCAUUCAUAUUUUAUAUUAUUUAAUACUGCUCAUUGGUUUAUUUAUACAUUUUAAAAAAAAUAUGUUAUUUAUAAUUCAUUUUAUGCAAGUCAUGAUUUACAAGUUGGUUUACUUGACUUAUCCAUAGUGUGUAUUCUGUUUGUUAUUGUCUCUCACCUUUUGAAGAGUGUAUUCUAUUUGUUUUGUCUCUCACCGUUUGAAGAAAGCUCUUUUUCAUUAUUAGUACAUACACUUUAGAUUUAUUCUAAUCAAUUUUUAAAUACCAGACACAAGAGUCAACUGUUAAUUAAUAAUUUUGUUUUAAUUUAUAAUUUUGUUUUACUAUAUUAUUAGAUAUUAGCAGGGUGUUCUUAAUUGUUUUGUUUUUUAUACGCCCACAUUUUCAUGUGGACAUAUUAUGCCAUCGCCCCUGUCUGUCUGUCCACAAUUUGUUUGUGGACACUCCACAGGUCGCAAUUUUUAUCCGAUUUUGACGAAACUUGAAAUACAGGUCUAUCUCUCAAAGAUCUCGGUUCCUUUCAAUAUUGGCAUAUAUCGGACCAUAACUUCAUGGAUUAUGGCCCCUGAUUAUUUGAAAAAUCAAGUUUUUAGAUUGUGGACACUCUAGAGGUCACAAUUUUCAUCUAAUUUUUAUGAGACUUGAAAUGCAUGUUUAUAACCCAAAUUUCUUGGUUCCUUUUAAUCCUUUCAAUAUUUGCAUAACUUCAUGAAUUAUGGCCCCUGAUUGUACGAAAAAUCAGGUUUUUAGCUUAUGGUCCCUCUAGAGGCCACAAUUAUUGUCUGAUUUAUGAAAGCGUUUGAAUGUAUCGACGUUGCGCCAUAUUGUCGGUUGAGUUUGAAUUUCAUGAAAAUCGGACAAAAACUGCCUGACAAAAUGGCCGAUUCUCGUAUGCAAAUAGUGUAAAUAUAUGGUAUAUGAAGGUUGUGAACUCUCUAGAGGCCACAAUUUUGAUCCGUUUUUGACGAAACUAUAUAUUUAUGUUUAUAUCACAAAGAUCUUGGUUCCUUUCAAUAAUCGUGCAUAUCCAAACACUACUUCCUGGAUUUUGUCCCCUGAUUGUUCGCAAAAUCGCAUUUUUAGCUUGCAGACCAGCUAGAAGCCACAAUUUGUAUUCAAUUUUAAAAAACGCUUAAAUAUAUCACCAUUACUCAUCAAUGAAGGUUGAGUCCGAAUUUCGUAAAAAUAUGACCCAAACUUGCAAAAUGUGGGCGUAUCAUGCCUGGUAACUGCUGUUUUUUUUUUUGUGUGCAUUUUGCUUUGAUUCUAUCUAGUCCUUUAUUUUAAGUAUGAAGCUUAGUGCCUUUUAAUAUUGUAUAUAUGCCUAUUAUAUUACCUCAGUUCAAUAUUCACCCAAAAUAAUAAUAUAACAAUUAUAUAUUUAUAGUUUCAUUCUUUACUAAACAUUACAAGGUUCUCAGUGUACAUUAUUUUUAUCUAAUGAAUAAUGUAUAUCCUUGUCUUUUAAAGAACCACACUGACAUUUGCUAAAAUAAAAUUUUCUAACAAA